UUUCCAAAAAUGGAUAAAUACGAGGAAACAACGGAACUGCAGGAUUCCACAGGCAAUUGCAAUUGCAAACAGAAGUUGAAUUCCCGUCAGCUGUUCGACGACAACUUGGAGGACAUUGCCACGAGCCUCGCACAGAUAAUGCUGAUCUGUGGCAUCAACACAACGAAGAGCUGCCAGGCCAAGGCCAUUAUCAGGCGGGCCUUUGUGUACCACGAAAAGCUGCGGACACAGUGGAACCCGAAUGCGGCCCCAGAAUCGCGUCUCAAUCGAGAUGAAAUGCUGCAGGCUCUGCGCAUCACGUGCGGGAUGGAAAGCGUGGAGGCUGUGUUGUCGUAUUCGAUCAUCAAGCGUGCAUUUAAGGCAUUCUUCCGCGGGAAGCCACCGGUGUCGCUCAGUAAUCCGAUUGUGGAUGCCAUGGCCAUACGCAGACAGGAGCGGGCAUGGAUAAAAGCCGCCAAAGCGACGUCCAAGCUUUUUGACAACUAUCAGUCGGCCUUCUUUUGGGCGCACAAGUUCUACGCGGAGCAGAUUGAUAUGAUCUACAGGGCGCUCUAUAAUCGCAUGAGGGCCCGCUGUAGCCCGAUCGAGGUCCCACUGUGCACCUGCCGUGGCUGCUCCAAGCAGGUGGUGCCGAAGAAGCUCACCCCCAAGGAUGGCUAUCAUCUGCACAAGGCCAGUAGUCUGUGUGACCUGCCGCGCUGCGAUGAGUGCAAUGGUCGGUUCCUCAUCUGUGAGGGCAACAGCGAUAAACUAACGGCAGAGCAGUACGGGAAAUGCGGCCAGGACUCGUACAAGGUAAAGUGGUGUUGCUUGGAGGAUGAGCAACCGCAGCCCAAGCCCAAGUCGGCGUAUGAAGCAGAUAUGGCACCAGAGGACGAGGACCAUUACUGCCCCGUGGACUGCACUGAGUCCUCGGAUGUGUGCCCUAGCGAUGUUGGAUCCUUGAAUCUCUGCGAUUGCGUGUCUUCGAGUGAGGAUUCCAUCCACCAAAAAACCCCAUAGAUCUUAUCGACAAUGUGGUGGACAAACUGGACGAUUAUUUCAACAAACUGAAGAGGUGGCCGAAAAGAAGAGCUCCCAGACGUAUGUUACCUGGACCAGUCCAGGCCAGGACUAGACUAUAAGCGUUGCAGGGAAUGAGGAUCGAGAUCCAAUUUGUUUCUACUUUUCUUUUUUUUUUUUAAUUUUGGAAAUACAAGAAAUUUGAGUAAUCGA